AUGUCUAUCCCCUGUGGUAGCCCUCCGACCAUUCCCAAUGGGUCCAGGACCUUUACUGGUACGAUAUUUGAGGAUACGGCCACAUACACCUGUGACGAUGGCUAUCAACUGUCAGGAUCAUCUACAGUGACCUGUCAAGCUAGUGGAAGUUGGAGUGCAAGACCAACUUGCCCACCUGUCUCCUGUGGCAACCCUCCCAUUAUUCUCAAUGGGUCCAGGACUUUCACUGAUACAACAAUUGGGGAGACGGCCACCUACAUCUGUGACAAUGGCUAUCAACGUUCAGGAUCAGCUGCAGUAAUGUGCCAGGCUAGCGGAAGUUGGAGUACAAUACCAAGCUGUAAUGCUCCUCAGCCUGGCUCUUGUGACAAUCCUCCGACCAUUCCCAAUGGAUUCAGGACUUUCGUUGGUACAUCAUUUGGAGAGUCGGCAUUUUACACCUGUAACAGUGGAUAUCAACGUUUAGGAUCAGCUACAGUGACCUGUCAGGCUAGUGGAAGUUGGAGUACUAGACCAACUUGUAAAGCAAUUUGUCCUCCUCUCACUCUUGUGAAUGGAGUGGUUGCUUACCUUCCAAGCAGUUCCGUCAUACUAGAAGGAACAGUAGCUCAACACAGCUGUAACACUGGCUACCGUCUCUCUGGAAACGGUACGAGACUCUGCAGCAAUAAUAAUGGCACUGCUGGUGUUUGGAGUUUGCCAAAUUUAUCAUGUAGAGGUAUCAUAAUUCAACUCCGUUUUGGUGGUGUACGUAAUUGCAGUCAGUACAUUGCCUCUGAAAUGGUUCAGAAAACUGAUGACAUCACUGCCACACUUGUGCAAGGUGUCAUUGCUUCUUGUAAUUGUCGUUUAAACUCAACUUUCUUGUUUAACGCGUUUCUGAAAUGCUUUGCUGAUUCUUCACAACAUGUGACAUACAGAGCAACAUUGUUGAGCUCAAGUGAUCUGUCCACAUCAAAAGUGCUUGAGUAUAAUUAUAGAGAAAUGGAUUCAUUCCACUUCAAGUGUGAUUAUUCAGAAUCUUAAUCUUAACCUCAAUUCAACUUGUCCAACAGUUAUUGCUGACUUCGAUAGCUUGGAAUGCCCAGUACAAGACCCUUUGUCCGUUUUGGAUAACAUUGCUGUUAUUACAAGCUCUGUAAUGGCUAUUGUUAUUUUUAUGUUCGUUCUGUUUGUUGUUUUUGUUCUCAUCAAGAGACGUCGAAGCAAAACUGCCAAUAACCGGGACUCUUUAGAAACGACAAGGUAUUUCAUAACAU